ACCCACUUGCCACCCGCAAAGGGAGCAGAAGAGUCGCCUGCUUGCGCCAGGAGCGGGAGACUUGGAACAACUGCACAAACAGCAUGGAGGCCAGGGGUCCAGGGACCCGGGGGCAAGCAGGGUCAGCAGCCAUGCCAGGGGGCUACAUCUCCCCCAGCAGCACCUCAGCAGCACCCAAGGCAGACACACACAUCAAGAGCAUUGCCGGAGUCUACGUGGAGGCUGCUUCUGGCAAGACGAUGUGCCUUAAUGAAGCUGUCCAGCAUCAUUUGCUGCAGCCUGACGUUGCAUCAGCUCUCCUGGAGGCCCAGGCAGCCACCGGUGGCAUCGUUGACCUAGCGGGAAAGCGGCUGGUCUCUGUUGCAGAGGCCCUGGAGAUGGGACUGGUAGGGCUGGAGAUGAAGGAGAAGCUACUCUGCGCAGAGCAAGCAGCAAAGGGCUUCAGAGACCCUUAUACAGAGGAGAAGAUCUCCCUCUACCAAGCCUUGCAGAAAGAGCUCCUUGGAAAGGAACAGGGCCUGUAUCUGCUGGAUGCCCAGUUAGCCACUGGGGGCACCAUUGAGCCAGCCACUGGUCACCGCAUCCCUCCGCAAGAGGCUUAUGAGAAGGGCUACCUUGAUGAGAAACUAAGCAACUUCCUCUCUGACCCUGAGAACGAGGAGGCCAAGGGCUUCUUGGACCCAAACAACAACCAGAAGGUCACCUACACAGAGCUGAUGAGAAGGUGCAUUUGUGACCACACUAGAGGCCUGCUCUUGCUGCCACUGAAAAUCUCCUUUCCUGGGCUGAGAGGGUCUGUGUGCAGCCAUGAGCUCCUGGAUUCUGGAAUCAUUGACUCAGCCAUGUUCAAAGCCCUCCAUGACGGGGAGCUCACGGCGCAGGAAGUGGCGGAGAUGGACUCUGUUCAGGGGUACCUCUCUGGGACAAAGAGCAUUGCCGGUGUGGCGCUGCUGCACACCAAUGAAUGCAAGAGUCUGUACCAGGCUUUAGGGGAGCACCUCCUAGUGCCAGGCACAGCUGUGAUUCUCCUGCAGGCUCAGGCUGCCACAGGAUGCUUGAUAGACCCUGUAAGGAACGAGAAGUUCACGGCCGAUGCUGCCAUCCGCGCAGGAGUUGUUGGGCCAGAGCUCCAUGAGAAACUGUCUUCAGCAGAGAAAGCAGUCACAGGGUACAAAGACCCCUUCACUGGCGAGACGGUCUCUCUGUUUCAAGCCAUGAAGAAGGGCCUUGUGCCCAGGGACCCUGGCAUUUUCCUGCUGGAUGCCCAGUUUGCCACUGGAGGCAUCGUCGACCCCCACACGCAUCACCGGCUUCCUGUGGAGAUGGCCUGUCAGCGGGGCCACUUAGACAAGGACACAGAGAGCCUCCUCUGCAAUCCCACAGAUGAGAUCCGUGGGUUCUUUGAGCCCAACUCCAAGGAGAAAUUGUCCUAUGCAGAACUGCUCUUGAGAUGCGUCACAGAUCCAGACACGGGUCUCUGCCUCUUGCCUCUCACAGGAGGCCAUGGAAGGGAGCACUCCUUCAUUAACCACAACACAAAAUCUGCUCUGGAGAACAUGGCUGUGUCUGUGGCCUGUGGGAAAUUCAAGGGGAAGCAGGUUUCACUCUGGAAGCUCCUCUUCUCAGACUACUUUACAGGAGAGCAGAGGACCGACCUCAUCCAGCAGUACCGCUCUAGGCGCCUUUCCGCUCGGCAACUGGCUGACAAAGUCUCUCACACCAUCCAGCAAGCCGUUGCCAACUCCAGAGUCACCUUUGAGGGCUUGAGGGACAAGGUGACGCCCGCCCAGCUUCUGAGCUCAGACAUCAUCAACAAGAAUUUGUUUGAGAAGCUGACCCAAGGGGAGACCUUGGCCAAAGAUGUUGUCAGCAUGGGCACGGUGAAGAAGUAUCUGGAAGGGACGGGCAGCAUCAGUGGGCUGCUCCUGCCCGACUCCCAGGAGAAGAUCAGCAUCUACCAAGCAAAGAGGAAAGGCUUCCUGCGGCCAGGGACCUCCCUCAUCCUCCUGGAGGCUCAGGCUGCCACAGGCUACAUCAUUGACCCUGCAGCCAACAAGAAAUACUCUGUGGACGAGGCCCUGAAGGCCAACGUAAUUGGCCCAGAUGUUUACGACAAGCUCCUGACUGCGGAGAAAGCUGUCACUGGCUACAGGGAUCCUUACACAGGAGAAAAGAUCUCCCUCUUCCAGGCUAUGAUGAAGGAUCUGAUCAUCAGGGACCAUGCCAUCCGCCUGCUGGAAGCACAGAUAGCGACGGGGGGCAUCAUCGACCCCAUCAACAGCCAUCGCCUGCCUGUGGAAGUUGCCUACAAACGGGGCUACUUUGACAAAAAGAUGAACCUGAUUCUCUCGGACCCCAGUGAUGACACCAAGGGCUUCUUUGACCCAAACACCCAUGAGAACCUGACCUACCUGCAGCUGAAGGAGAAGUGCAUCAUAGAGCCCUCAACCUCCCUCUGCCUCCUGCCGCUGAACAGCAAGAAGCCACGCUUCAUUGAUGACACCACCAAGCAAGCGUUCAGGGGCUCCUCGGUCCUUGUGAAAUACGGGCGCUUCCAAGGGCAACGGGUCUCCCUGUGGGAUUUGCUGAACUCCGAGUACUUCAGCGAGGGAAAGCGGAGGGAAAUAUUCAACCAUUAUUCCCUGCAGAAGGUCACCCUGGAGAAAAUCCGGCUCAUGUUGGAGGAGGAGAUGAAGAAAUGGGCCUGCAUCCAGUUCCCAGCCCUAAGGGGCCGCGUCACUGCCUACCACCUGAUGGAGAUGGGCAUAAUCGACAGGACCCUCUUUGAAAGGUUGCUGGAGGGAGCUGUGAGCCCAGAGGAGGUUCUGCGCAUGGGCUCUGUCCGGAAAUACCUCUAUGGCACUGGAAGCAUCGGAGGCAUCGUGCUGCAGCCCUCCAACGAACGAGUGAGUCUCUACGAAGCCAUGAAGAGGAACAUUGUGGUGCCAGGGGUAGCCAUGCCCUUACUUGAGGCACAGGCAGCCACUGGCUUCAUUGUUGACCCAGUGAAGAAUAAAAAGCUUGGCCUGGAUGAGGCUGUGAAGGAAGGCCUUGUUGGCCCCGAGCUCUAUGAGAAACUCCAACGGGCAGAAGAGGCUGUCACUGGCUACAAGGAUCCUUUCACAGGCAAGAAGAUCUCCCUCUUCCAAGCCAUGAAGAAGGGCCUUGUGGCUGACAAACAAGCCAGGCAGCUGAUGGAUGCCCAGCUGUCAACGGGGGGUGUCAUUGAUCCGCACUGUGGACAUUAUGUCCCAGUAGAAUUUGCCCAGAAAAAAGGUUACUUGGAUGAGGACUUCAGCAAAACACUUUCCAACCCAAGCAGUGGUGCCAAAACUUUCAGCACUCUGGACAGAAAGGAGAUGGUGACCUACAGCCAGCUGAUAGAUCAGUGUCAGAAGGAUGAAGCCUCUGGCGUCCACCUGCUACCUCUGCCGCAAGCAGCUUCUCCUGCCACCACAGAUGAGCAGAUCAAGCAGCUCUUCAGGGAGACCUAUGUGCAGGGCAAAAGGGUCUCCCUCUGGGAGCUCCUGAACUCUGGCUACUUCACGGAGGAGCAGAGAAGAGACUUCCUGGAGAAGUAUAGGUCUGAGGCAAUAUCCCUACAGCAGCUGGUCACCCUUGUCCAGGAACUCAUCAAGGAAAUGGAACUGAAGGCUCAAAGCCAGGUCACUUUCCAAGGCCUGAGAGGUGCAGUUCCCGCAGUCUGGCUUCUGGAUACUGGCAUCAUUUCGGAAAAGAUAUUCAGAGAGCUGGCUCAGGGCAGGAGGACAGCCAGAGAAGUGUCUGAGAUGGACAGCGUGAAGAAAUACUUGCAGGGCACUGGGAGCAUCGCUGGGGUCUUCAUUCAGGCCUCCAACGAGAAAAUGAGCAUUUACCAAGCCAUGCAGAAGAGCCUCCUUCUCCCAGGCACAGGGGCAAGGCUUCUGGAAGCCCAGGCAGCGACAGGAUCCAUCAUGGACCCCGUGACCAACCAGAGGCUUGGAGCAGAAGAGGCCAUCAAAGCUGGCAUUGUGGGUGAAGAACUUGUGGAGCAGCUACUGCAGGCUGAGAGGGCCCUGACAGGCUAUCCUGACCCCUACUCAGGGAAGCCCAUCUCGGUGUAUCAGGCAAUCCGGAAGGAGCUGAUCUCCACCACGGCUGGCAUCCCCUUGCUUGAGGCACAGCUGGCCACUGGAGGGGUCAUCGAUCCCAUCCACCACCUCCACCUUCCUCUCCAAGCAGCCUACAAGCACAACUUCUACGAUGAGGAAAUGCACAAGACCCUUUCUCAGCAGAGUGACGACACCUGCGUCUUCUUUGACCCCAACACACAGGAAAGCCUGACCUACCAGCAGCUGAAGGAGAGGUGCGUCCGGGAUGCCGAGACAGGACAUUUGCUGCUUCCUCUCUCGGAAGAGGCCAUUUUCUAUGCGGAUCAGCAGACCAUGGAAGUGCUGAAAUCUGUCACUGUCGGUGUCAACAUUGGGCGGUUUAAAGGCCAAGAGGCUUCGCUCUGGGACUUACUCCACUCUGAGUACAUCACCCACAGCAAGCGGAGAGAGCUGGUGGCAGCCUACAAAGAGGGGAAUGCUGAGAUCCUUGAUGAGAUUGCAGUGGCUGCCUCCAAGAUCAUCGAAGACACCGAGCAGCAGAGCAAGAGGUUCACUUUCAAGGGCCUGCGCAAACAGGUGUCAGCCAGCGACCUCUUCCAGUCAGAGCUCAUAGACAAGGAAACUCUGGACGAACUGAGAGAGGGGAAGAAAACUGUCCAGGAAGUCACCAAGAUGGAUUCAGUCAGCCGAUACCUUGAGGGCUGCAACUUCAUCGCUGGAGUCCUUCUACAGCCAAGCCAGGAGAGGCUGAGCAUCUACCAGGCCAUGAGACAGAGUCUCCUCCGGCCAGGGGCGGCUCUGGUGCUGCUGGAAGCCCAGGCUGCCACUGGCUUCCUCCUUGACCCAGUGAGAAACAAGAAGUUAUCAGUAGAUGAAGCGCUGGCAGGUGGGCUGAUUGGAAGAGAGGUUUACGAGAAGCUGCUGAGUGCAGAAAAAGCUGUGACAGGAUACACACACCCCUACACAAAAGAACAGAUCUCCCUCUUUGAGGCCAUGAACGAAGGGCUCAUUGUGAAAAGCCAUGGCAUUCGUCUCCUUGAGGCCCAGAUAGCCACGGGGGGCAUCAUUGACCCUGUUCACAGUCACCGCAUCCCCGUAGAAGUAGCUUACAAACGAGGUUACUUUGAUGAAAAACUGAACCAGGUCCUUUUGGACCCCACAGAUGAUACCAAAGGCUUUUUUGACCCCAACACCCACGAGAAUCUCACCUACUUGCAGCUUCUAGAACGAUGCACCCAAGAUCCAGAGACUGGACUGUACAUGCUGCAAAUAGUCAAAAGGGGUGGAAGGUACUUUUACAUCAACGAGGCAACCAAAAAGUUCCUGCAAGCACAACCAAUGCAGAUGCACAUUGGCAGGUACAAAGGCCAAACCGUCUCCAUGUGGGACCUCCUUUGCUCCCCAUACAUCCAAGAGCAGAGAAGGAAAGAGCUGGUGCGCCAGUACAAGUUUGAGGGUCUGACCCUGGAACAACUCAGCAAAGCCAUCACUGCUAUCAUCGAGGAAACGGAACAGAAGAUGCAGGCCCUCAAGGUGAAGGGACCAAGGGGGGACGUGUCAGCGGCAGAGCUGUUCAACUCCGAGAUCAUUGAUAAGAAGACCCUGGAUGGGCUUCACCAGGGGCCUGGUGCCCUUCAGCAACUUGCCCAGAAGGACUCAGUGAAGCAAUACCUGGAGGGAACAGGCUGCAUCGCCGGAGUCUUAGUAGCCAAAGGGCAGAAGAUGACCAUCUAUGAAGCCAUGAAGAAAGGGGUCCUGUCCCCAGAGCAUGGUCUGAUGUUGCUGGAAGCACAGGCUGCCACCGGAUUCAUCAUCGACCCAUUGAAGAAGAAAACAUUCUCCGUUGACCAAGCAAUCUCUGUGAGGCUUGUGGGUGAAGACCUUCGAGAGAAACUUCUUUCUGCAGAGAAAGCCGUUACUGGCUACACUGACCCUUCCACAGGGAACAAAAUAUCUCUCUUCCAAGCCAUGAAAAAAAGCAUCGUAGAGAAAGGACUUGCUCUCAGGCUUCUGGAGGCCCAGAUUGCCACUGGUGGCAUCAUUGACCCUGCGCAUGGCCACCGCAUCCCUGUGGAGGUGGCUUACAAACGGGAGUGUUUGGAUGAGGGCACUUACCUCCGGCUUUCUGAUCCAAAAUAUGCUACCAAAGGAUUUGUGGAUCCGAACACCCAGGAAAGGAUUACCUACGCCCAACUAUUGCACAGGUGCACCAAAGAGACAGGGAUGUACUUCCUACAGCUGCUGAGCAAGAGGGACUAUUUCUAUGUAGAUGAAAUAACAAAAAAUAUAUUUUCAUCCACCAAAGUAAAUGUAACACUUGGGAAAUUCAGGGGCCAGAUUGUGUCUCUGUGGGACCUUCUUACUUCAAGCUACUUCACUGAAGAGAAGAGGAACGAGCUGAUUAAAAAAUACAAACUGGAAUCUUCUGCUGUUCUGCAGCACAUCACGGAUGAAAUUCUGAACAUAAUAAAAGAAAAAGAAGAAAAUAGAAGAGACAUAUGGUUCCAAGGGCUACGGAAACAAGUCACAGCUUCGGAACUACUGAAAGCAGAAAUAAUAGGUAAAGAGACGCUGAAGAGCCUGGAGGAAGGAAAGCAGACAGCAAAAGACGUGGCAAAGAUCGACUUGGUGAAACGCUACCUGGAAGGCACCAGCUGCAUUGCCGGAGUGCUUGUGCCAUCCAAGACGGAUCCUUCCAAGACCGAGAAGAUGAGCAUCUACCAGGCCAUGUGGAAGAAUGUCUUGAGGCCAGGAACUGCUCUGGUGCUGCUGGAAGCACAAGCUGCCACUGGGUUCAUCAUUGACCCCCUGAAGAAUGAGAGACUGUCUGUCGAUGAGGCCAUCUCUGCCAGGCUGGUGGGUGGAGAAAUUCACAACAAGCUCCUUUGUGCUGAGAAAGCUGUCACUGGAUAUACUGAUCCAAACACAGGGAAAAAGAUAUCUCUUUUCCAGGCCAUGAAGAAAGAUCUGAUCAUCAAGGAGCACGGCAUCCGCCUGCUAGAAGCCCAGGUUGCUACGGGGGGCAUAAUUGACCCAGUCAACAGCCAUCGUGUCCCUGUUGAGGUGGCCUACAAACGGGGCUAUUUUGAUGAGAAAAUGAACCAAAUUCUCUCAGACCCCACGGAUGACACCAAGGGCUUCUUCGACCCCAACACCCACGAGAACCUCACGUAUAUGCAGUUGCUUAAGAGAUGUGUUCAUGACACAGAAACUGGACUAAUGAUGCUUCAAAUACAGGAUCAGACCUCAAUUGCCUUCAGUUUGGAUGAAAAUAUAAAGAAGACUUUGAGGUCUACGACAACAAGAGUAAAUACGGGUGAUUUCCAAGGACAAGUGGUUUCCCUUUGGGAUCUCCUCUUCUCUAAAUACAUUACAGAAAAUAAAAGCCAAGAGCUCAUAAGACUAUACAAAUCAGGAAAAACAACAAUUGAGGAAAUGAUUGCCACGUUGAUAUCAACAAUCAAAGAGAAAGAGGAGCAGAGCAUCAACCAACAGAGAAAACUAGAACAUGAAACCGUCCACCUGUCCUUCGAAGAGAACUGGCAGAAGACCUUGAAGUCCACGACCCUCCAAAUGCCUGCUGGACCACAAAGAGGCCAGACGGUCACUGUGUGGGACCUGCUCUUCUCCAACUAUAUCACAGAAGAAAAGAGGGCAGAGUUCUUGGACUUGUACAAGAGAGGGAUGAUAUCAGUGGACCGGCUGAUCCAUGUCCUCACCACCCUGGUCACCAAAAAGGAAGCCACAAGUAGGAAAUUGGACAUUAAAGUGAGAACCCCCAGCAACGAUGGCCCUGAACGGGAGGAGGAGGAGGAGAAGGAUGAUGAUGAUCAUGAAGAAGAAGAAGAGGAGAUGGAUGCGCCAGUACUGGGAGAAAAAGAAGCGGCUCUGAAAUCCCGGAAGGUUAAAGUCACCGCAAGCGCGUUCCAUGGAAGGGAGGUUUCCGUGUGGGACGUGCUCCACUCCAAAUACAUCCCUGAGGAGAAGCGGAAGGAGCUGCUUCAAUGCUAUAAAUCCGGCAUCCUCACCAUUGACCAAAUGGAAACUGUAGUCACCGCCAUCGUCAACAAAACAGAGGAGGAGAAAACAAAGGAAGCAUCCCACUCGCCCUCGGGAAGCUGGGAAGAGCCCUUGCGGAAUCACACUGUGGUCCUGCAUGUGGGUGAGUUCCAGGGGCAAGAAGUCUCCCUGUGGGACCUCCUCUUCUCUCAAUACGUUCCAGAAGCCCAGAGAGAGGAGCUCCUCACAAAGUACUGGUCGGGAAUCCUCAGCAUUCAGGAAAUGAUCGUCACGCUGGCCCCUCUUCUCACAGAGACAGGAGGAAGCCACGGCGGAGAUGGAGAAGCUUCCUCUCAAGAGGAAGAACUAGAAAGUGCCUUGCGCCGGGUGACCGUGGAGGUGCCCUCGGGCGAGUUCCAAGGCCACAGGCAGUCCGCAUGGGACCUUCUCUUCUCCAAAUACGUGACCGCAGACAAACGGCAGGAACUCCUGGAGAAGUACCGAGCAGGAUCCUUGACCAGCGAGGAGCUCGUCCAAAGAAUCACCAUCCUCAUUGAGGAGAUGGAGGAAAAGAGCAGCAAGCUGAAAUUCUCUGGGCUCAGGAGGCAGGUGACAGCCUCGGAGCUCUUCAACUCGGAAAUCAUUGACAAGGAAACACUCUCUGAACUCACGCACGGAACCAAAACUGUGGAAGAGGUCACGGAAAGAGAUUCGGUGAAGCGAUACCUGGAAGGCACCAGCUGCAUUGCCGGAGUUCUCGUGCCGUCCCGCUCAGACCCUUCCAAGACAGAGAAGAUGACCAUCUACCAGGCCAUGUGGAAAGGCUUCUUGAGGCCGGGCACCGCCCUGGUGCUGCUGGAGGCCCAGGCCGCCACGGGGUUCAUCACGGACCCUCUGAAGAACGAGAAGCUCUCUGUGGACGAAGCUGUCUCUGCCGAGCUGGUGGGUGCCGAGCUGAAGGAGAAGCUUCUCUCUGCAGAGAGAGCCGUGACCGGAUACAAGGACCCCUACACGGGGAACAAGAUCUCCCUUUUCCAGGCCAUGAAGAAAGGCCUCAUCGUCAAAGAUCACGGCAUCCGCCUGCUGGAGGCUCAGAUCGCCACUGGCGGCAUCAUCGACCCAGUGCAAAGUCAUCGCCUGCCCGUCAACGUAGCAUACAAGCGGGGCUUCUUUGACGAGGAAAUGAACCGCGUCCUCUCAGAUCCCUCCGAUGACACCAAGGGCUUCUUUGAUCCCAACACCCACGAGAACCUCACCUACUUACAGCUCCGGCACAGGUGUCUCCCCGAUCCUGAGACCGGUCUGUUGAUGCUGCAAGUGUUGGACAAGGGCUCCUUUUCCUUCUAUCUGAACGACAGCACGAGGAAGGCCCUGCAGUCUGCCAAGGCCAGGGUUGGCGUGGGCCUCUUCGAGGGCCAAGACGUCUCCGCCUGGGACCUCCUCUUCUCCAGAUACAUCUCUCCGCACAAGAGGAUGGAGCUGCUGAAGCAGUACAAAGCUGGCACCCUAACCCUUGAGGAGAUCACCCACAUUCUCGUUACCACCGUUCCCGAGACAGAGGAAAGGAACGCCAAGCCGACGGGCCAUGAACACGCUCCACGUACCCCUCAAGCAACAUCACCAAAGCGAGACACUGCUCAGCCAUCCUUCGAAGAGAACUGGCAGAAGACCUUGAAGUCCACGACCCUCCAAAUGCCUGCUGGACCACAAAGAGGCCAGACGGUCACUGUGUGGGACCUGCUCUUCUCCAACUAUAUCACAGAAGAAAAGAGGGCAGAGUUCUUGGACUUGUACAAGAGAGGGAUGAUAUCAGUGGACCGGUUGAUCCAUGUCCUCACCACCCUGGUCACCAAAAAGGAAGCCACAAGUAGGAAAUUGGACAUUAAAGUGAGAGCCCCCAGCAACGAUGGCCCUGAACGGGAGGAGGAGGAGGAGAAGGAUGAUGAUGAUGAUGAUGAAGAAGAAGAGGAGAUGGAUGCGCCAGUACUGGGAGAAAAAGAAGCGGCUCUGAAAUCCCGGAAGGUUAAAGUCACCGCAAGCGCAUUCCAUGGAAGGGAGGUUUCUGUGUGGGACGUGCUCCACUCCAAAUACAUCCCUGAGGAGAAGCGGAAGGAGCUGCUUCAAUGCUAUAAAUCCGGCAUCCUCACCAUUGACCAAAUGGAAACUGUCGUCACCGCCAUCGUCAACAAAACAGAGGAGGAGAAAACAAAGGAAGCAUCCCACUCGCCCUCGGGAAGCUGGGAAGAGCCCUUGCGGAAUCACACUGUGGUCCUGCAUGUGGGUGAGUUCCAGGGGCAAGAAGUCUCCCUGUGGGACCUCCUCUACUCUCAAUACGUUCCAGAAGCCCAGAGAGAGGAGCUCUUCACAAAGUACCGUUCAGGAAUCCUCAGCAUUCAGGAAAUGAUCGUCACGCUGGCCCCUCUUCUCACAGAGACAGGAGGAAGCCACGGCGGAGAUGGAGAAGCUUCCUCUCAAGAGGAAGAACUAGAAAGUGCCUUGCACCGGGUGACCGUGGAGGUGCCCUCGGGCGAGUUCCAAGGCCACAGGCAGUCCGCAUGGGACCUUCUCUUCUCCAAAUACGUGACCGCAGACAAACGGCAGGAACUCCUGGAGAAGUACCGAGCAGGAUCCUUGACCAGCGAGGAGCUCGUCCAAAGAAUCACCAUCCUCAUUGAGGAGAUGGAGGAAAAGAGCAGCAAGCUGAAAUUCUCCGGGCUCAGGAGGCAGGUGACAGCCUCGGAGCUCUUCAACUCGGAAAUCAUUGACAAGGAAACACUCUCUGAACUCACGCACGGAACCAAAACUGUGGAAGAGGUCACGGAAAGAGAUUCGGUGAAGCGAUACCUGGAAGGCACCAGCUGCAUUGCCGGAGUUCUCGUGCCGUCCCGCUCAGACCCUUCCAAGACAGAGAAGAUGACCAUCUACCAGGCCAUGUGGAAAGGCUUCUUGAGGCCGGGCACCGCCCUGGUGCUGCUGGAGGCCCAGGCCGCCACGGGGUUCAUCACGGACCCUCUGAAGAACGAGAAGCUCUCUGUGGACGAAGCUGUCUCUGCCGAGCUGGUGGGUGCCGAGCUGAAGGAGAAGCUUCUCUCUGCAGAGAGAGCCGUGACCGGAUACAAGGACCCCUACACGGGGAACAAGAUCUCCCUUUUCCAGGCCAUGAAGAAAGGCCUCAUCGUCAAAGAUCACGGCAUCCGCCUGCUGGAGGCUCAGAUCGCCACUGGCGGCAUCAUCGACCCAGUGCAAAGUCAUCGCCUGCCCGUCAACGUAGCAUACAAGCGGGGCUUCUUUGACGAGGAAAUGAACCGCGUCCUCUCAGAUCCCUCCGAUGACACCAAGGGCUUCUUUGAUCCCAACACCCACGAGAACCUCACCUACUUACAGCUCCGGCACAGGUGUCUCCCCGAUCCUGAGACCGGUCUGUUGAUGCUGCAAGUGUUGGACAAGGGCUCCUUUUCCUUCUAUCUGAACGACAGCACGAGGAAGGCCCUGCAGUCUGCCAAGGCCAGGGUUGGCGUGGGCCUCUUCGAGGGCCAAGACGUCUCCGCCUGGGACCUCCUCUUCUCCAGAUACAUCUCUCCGCACAAGAGGAUGGAGCUGCUGAAGCAGUACAAAGCUGGCACCCUAACCCUUGAGGAGAUCACCCACAUUCUCGUUACCACCGUUACCGAGACAGAGGAAAGGAACGCCAAGCCGACGGGCCAUGAACACGCUCCACGUACCCCUCAAGCAACACCACCAAAGCGAGACACUGCUCAGCCAUCCUUCGAAGAGAACUGGCAGAAGACCUUGAAGUCCACGACCCUCCAAAUGCCUGCUGGACCACAAAGAGGCCAGACGGUCACUGUGUGGGACCUGCUCUUCUCCAACUAUAUCACAGAAGAAAAGAGGGCAGAGUUCUUGGACUUGUACAAGAGAGGGAUGAUAUCAGUGGACCGGUUGAUCCAUGUCCUCACCACCCUGGUCACCAAAAAGGAAGCCACAAGUAGGAAAUUGGACAUUAAAGUGAGAGCCCCCAGCAACGAUGGCCCUGAACGGGAGGAGGAGGAGGAGAAGGAUGAUGAUGAUGAUGAAGAAGAAGAAGAGGAGAUGGAUGCGCCAGUACUGGGAGAAAAAGAAGCGGCUCUGAAAUCCCGGAAGGUUAAAGUCACCGCAAGCGCAUUCCAUGGAAGGGAGGUUUCUGUGUGGGACGUGCUCCACUCCAAAUACAUCCCUGAGGAGAAGCGGAAGGAGCUGCUUCAAUGCUAUAAAUCCGGCAUCCUCACCAUUGACCAAAUGGAAACUGUCGUCACCGCCAUCGUCAACAAAACAGAGGAGGAGAAAACAAAGGAAGCAUCCCACUCGCCCUCGGGAAGCUGGGAAGAGCCCUUGCGGAAUCACACUGUGGUCCUGCAUGUGGGUGAGUUCCAGGGGCAAGAAGUCUCCCUGUGGGACCUCCUCUACUCUCAAUACAUUCCAGAAGCCCAGAGAGAGGAGCUCUUCACAAAGUACCGGUCGGGAAUCCUCAGCAUUCAGGAAAUGAUCGUCACGCUGGCCCCUCUUCUCACAGAGACAGGAGGAAGCCACGGCGGAGAUGGAGAAGCUUCCUCUCAAGAGGAAGAACUAGAAAGUGCCUUGCGCCGGGUGACCGUGGAGGUGCCCUCGGGCGAGUUCCAAGGCCACAGGCAGUCCGCAUGGGACCUUCUCUUCUCCAAAUACGUGACCGCAGACAAACGGCAGGAACUCCUGGAGAAGUACCGAGCAGGAUCCUUGACCAGCGAGGAGCUCGUCCAAAGAAUCACCAUCCUCAUUGAGGAGAUGGAGGAAAAGAGCAGCAAGCUGAAAUUCUCCGGGCUCAGGAGGCAGGUGACAGCCUCGGAGCUCUUCAACUCGGAAAUCAUUGACAAGGAAACACUCUCUGAACUCACGCACGGAACCAAAACUGUGGAAGAGGUCACGGAAAGAGAUUCGGUGAAGCGAUACCUGGAAGGCACCAGCUGCAUUGCCGGAGUUCUCGUGCCGUCCCGCUCAGACCCUUCCAAGACAGAGAAGAUGACCAUCUACCAGGCCAUGUGGAAAGGCUUCUUGAGGCCGGGCACCGCCCUGGUGCUGCUGGAGGCCCAGGCCGCCACGGGGUUCAUCACGGACCCUCUGAAGAACGAGAAGCUCUCUGUGGACGAAGCUGUCUCUGCCGAGCUGGUGGGUGCCGAGCUGAAGGAGAAGCUUCUCUCUGCAGAGAGAGCCGUGACCGGAUACAAGGACCCCUACACGGGGAACAAGAUCUCCCUUUUCCAGGCCAUGAAGAAAGGCCUCAUCGUCAAAGAUCACGGCAUCCGCCUGCUGGAGGCUCAGAUCGCCACUGGCGGCAUCAUCGACCCAGUGCAAAGUCAUCGCCUGCCCGUCAACGUAGCAUACAAGCGGGGCUUCUUUGACGAGGAAAUGAACCGCGUCCUCUCAGAUCCCUCCGAUGACACCAAGGGCUUCUUUGAUCCCAACACCCACGAGAACCUCACCUACUUACAGCUCCGGCACAGGUGUCUCCCCGAUCCUGAGACCGGUCUGUUGAUGCUGCAAGUGUUGGACAAGGGCUCCUUUUCCUUCUAUCUGAACGACAGCACGAGGAAGGCCCUGCAGUCUGCCAAGGCCAGGGUUGGCGUGGGCCUCUUCGAGGGCCAAGACGUCUCCGCCUGGGACCUCCUCUUCUCCAGAUACAUCUCUCCGCAUAAGAGGAUGGAGCUGCUGAAGCAGUACAAAGCUGGCACCCUAACCCUUGAGGAGAUCACCCACAUUCUCGUUACCACCGUUACCGAGAUAGAGGAAAGGAACGCCAAGCCGACGGGCCAUGAACACGCUCCACGUACCCCUCAAGCAACAUCACCAAAGCGAGACACUGCUCAGCCAUCCUUCGAAGAGAACUGGCAGAAGACCUUGAAGUCCACGACCCUCCAAAUGCCUGCUGGGCCGCAAAGAGGCCAGACGGUCACUGUGUGGGACCUGCUCUUCUCCAACUAUAUCACAGAAGAAAAGAGGGCAGAGUUCUUGGACUUGUACAAGAGAGGGAUGAUAUCAGUGGACCGGUUGAUCCAUGUCCUCACCACCCUGGUCACCAAAAAGGAAGCCACAAGUAGGAAAUUGGACAUUAAAGUGAGAACCCCCAGCAACGAUGGCCCUGAACGGGAGGAGGAGGAGAAGGAUGAUGAUGAAGAGGAGAUGGACGCGCCAGUACUGGGAGAAAAGGAAGUGGCUCUGAAAUCCCGGAAGGUUAAAGUCACCGCAAGCGCGUUCCAUGGAAGGGAGGUUUCCGUGUGGGACGUGCUGCACUCCAAAUACAUCCCUGAGGAGAAGCGGAAGGAGCUCCUUCAAUGCUAUAAAUCCGGCAUCCUCACCAUUGACCAAAUGGAAACUGUAGUCACCGCCAUCGUCAACAAAACAGAGGAGGAGAAAACAAAGGAAGCAUCCCACUCGCCCUUGGGAAGCUGGGAAGAGCCCUUGCGGAAUCACACUGCGGUCCUGCAUGUGGGUGAGUUCCAGGGGCAAGAAGUCUCCCUGUGGGACCUCCUCUACUCUCAAUACGUUCCAGAAGCCCAGAGAGAGGAGCUCUUCACAAAGUACCGUUCAGGAAUCCUCAGCAUUCAGGAAAUGAUCAUCACGCUGGCCGCUCUUCUCACAGAGACAGGAGGAAGUCACAGUGGAGAUGGAGAAGCUCCCCGCAGUCCCAGCAGGGAAACAUCCUUGUGCGAGGAAGAACUAGAAAGUGCCUUGCGCCGGGUGACCGUGGAGGUGCCGUCGGGCGAGUUCCAAGGCCACAGGCAGUCCACAUGGGAGCUUCUCUUCUCCAGAUACAUCUCUCCGCACAAGAGGAUGGAGCUGCUGAAGCAGUACAAAGCUGGCACCCUAACCCUUGAUGAGAUCACCCACAUUCUCGUUACCACCGUUACCGAGACAGAGGAAAGGAACGCCAAGCCGACGGGCCAUGAACACGCUCCACGUACCCCUCAAGCAACAUCACCAAAGCGAGACACUGCUCAGCCAUCCUUCGAAGAGAACUGGCAGAAGACCUUGAAGUCCACGACCCUCCAAAUGCCUGCUGGGCCGCAAAGAGGCCAGACGGUCACUGUGUGGGACCUGCUCUUCUCCAACUAUAUCACAGAAGAAAAGAGGGCAGAGUUCUUGGACUUGUACAAGAGAGGGAUGAUAUCAGUGGACCGGUUGAUCCAUGUCCUCACCACCCUGGUCACCAAAAAGGAAGCCACAAGUAGGAAAUUGGACAUUAAAGUGAGAACCCCCAGCAACGAUGGCCCUGAACGGGAGGAGGAGGAGAAGGAUGAUGAUGAAGAGGAGAUGGACGCGCCAGUACUGGGAGAAAAGGAAGUGGCUCUGAAAUCCCGGAAGGUUAAAGUCACCGCAAGCGCGUUUCAUGGAAGGGAGGUUUCCGUGUGGGACGUGCUCCACUCCAAAUACAUCCCUGAGGAGAAGGGGAAGGAGCUCCUUCAAUGCUAUAAAUCCGGCAUCCUCACCAUUGACCAAAUGGAAACUGUAGUCACCGCCAUCGUCAACAAAACAGAGGAGGAGAAAACAAAGGAAGCAUCCCACUCGCCCUCGGGAAGCUGGGAAGAGCCCUUGCGGAAUCACACUGUGGUCCUGCAUGUGGGUGAGUUCCAGGGGCAAGAAGUCUCCCUGUGGGACCUCCUCUACUCUCAAUACGUUCCAGAAGCCCAGAGAGAGGAGCUCCUCACAAAGUACCGGUCGGGAUUCCUCAGCAUUCAGGAAAUGAUCGUCACGCUGGCCCCUCUUCUCACAGAGACAGGAGGAAGCCACGGCGGAGAUGGAGAAGCUUCCUCUCAAGAGGAAGAACUAGAAAGUGCCUUGCGCCGGGUGACCGUGGAGGUGCCCUCGGGCGAGUUCCAAGGCCACAGGCAGUCCGCAUGGGACCUUCUCUUCUCCAAAUAUGUGACCGCAGACAAACGGCAGGAACUCCUGGAGAAGUACCGAGCAGGAUCCUUGACCAGCGAGGAGCUCGUCCAAAGAAUCACCAUCCUCAUUGAGGAGAUGGAGGAAAAGAGCAGCAAGCUGAAAUUCUCCGGGCUCAGGAGGCAGGUGACAGCCUCGGAGCUCUUCAACUCGGAAAUCAUUGACAAGGAAACACUCUCUGAACUCACGCACGGAACCAAAACUGUGGAAGAGGUCACGGAAAGAGAUUCGGUGAAGCGAUACCUGGAAGGCACCAGCUGCAUUGCCGGAGUUCUCGUGCCGUCCCGCUCAGACCCUUCCAAGACAGAGAAGAUGACCAUCUACCAGGCCAUGUGGAAAGGCUUCUUGAGGCCGGGCACCGCCCUGGUGCUGCUGGAGGCCCAGGCCGCCACGGGGUUCAUCACGGACCCUCUGAAGAACGAGAAGCUCUCUGUGGACGAAGCUGUCUCUGCCGAGCUGGUGGGUGCCGAGCUGAAGGAGAAGCUUCUCUCUGCAGAGAGAGCCGUGACCGGAUACAAGGACUCCUACACGGGGAACAAGAUCUCCCUUUUCCAGGCCAUGAAGAAAGGCCUCAUCGUCAAAGAUCACGGCAUCCGCCUGCUGGAGGCUCAGAUCGCCACUGGCGGCAUCAUCGACCCAGUGCAAAGUCAUCGCCUGCCCGUCAACGUAGCAUACAAGCGGGGCUUCUUUGACGAGGAAAUGAACCGCGUCCUCUCAGAUCCCUCCGAUGACACCAAGGGCUUCUUUGAUCCCAACACCCACGAGAACCUCACCUACUUACAGCUCCGGCACAGGUGUCUCCCCGAUCCUGAGACCGGUCUGUUGAUGCUGCAAGUGUUGGACAAGGGCUCCUUUUCCUUCUAUCUGAACGACAGCACGAGGAAGGCCCUGCAGUCUGCCAAGGCCAGGGUUGGCGUGGGCCUCUUCGAGGGCCAAGACGUCUCCGCCUGGGACCUCCUCUUCUCCAGAUACAUCUCUCCGCAUAAGAGGAUGGAGCUGCUGAAGCAGUACAAAGCUGGCACCCUAACCCUUGAGGAGAUCACCCACAUUCUCGUUACCACCGUUACCGAGACAGAGGAAAGGAACGCCAAGCCGACGGGCCAUGAACACGCUCCACGUACCCCUCAAGCAACAUCACCAAAGCGAGACACUGCUCAGCCAUCCUUCGAAGAGAACUGGCAGAAGACCUUGAAGUCCAUGACCCUCCAAAUGCCUGCUGGGCCGCAAAGAGGCCAGACGGUCACUGUGUGGGACCUGCUCUUCUCCAACUAUAUCACAGAAGAAAAGAGGGCAGAGUUCUUGGACUUGUACAAGAGAGGGAUGAUAUCAGUGGACCGGUUGAUCCAUGUCCUCACCACCCUGGUCACCAAAAAGGAAGCCACAAGUAGGAAAUUGGACAUUAAAGUGAGAACCCCCAGCAACGAUGGCCCUGAACGGGAGGAGGAGGAGAAGGAUGAUGAUGAAGAGGAGAUGGACGCGCCAGUACUGGGAGAAAAGGAAGUGGCUCUGAAAUCCCGGAAGGUUAAAGUCACCGCAAGCGCGUUCCAUGGAAGGGAGGUUUCCGUGUGGGACGUGCUCCACUCCAAAUACAUCCCUGAGGAGAAGCGGAAGGAGCUUCUUCAACUCUACAAAUCUGGAGUCCUCACCAUUGACCAAAUGGAAACUGUAGUCACCGCCAUCGUCAACAAAACAGAGGAGGAGAAAACAAUGGAAGCAUCCCACUCGCCCUUGGGAAGCUGGGAAGAGCCCUUGCGGAAUCACACUGUGGUCCUGCAUGUGGGUGAGUUCCAGGGGCAAGAAGUCUCCCUGUGGGACCUCCUCUUCUCUCAGUACAUCUCAGAGGGCAAAAGAGAAGAGCUUCUAAGCAUAUAUAGAAAUUGUCAACUUACUCCUGAGGAAUUGGCAGCUGUUCUUUCUACUCUUAUUACUGAAAUGUCAGAGCAAGGUAAUAAAUUUUCAGCAGAUAAUCUAUCAGCUGUUGACAUGUCUUCAUCUGGCACAGAAGAAGCAUCACAUCUGGAAUGGGAAGAAAAGGAAAAAGCUCUGAAAUCCCGAAUGGUGGAAGUCACCACAGGUGAGUUCCGUGGACAGAAACUUUCUGUGUGGGACAUCCUUCACUCCAAGUACAUCCCUGAGGAGAAGCAGAAGGAGUUGUUGAAGCUGUACAAAUCUGGUAUCCUCCCCAUUGACCAAGUAGAAACUGUUGCCACCUCUAUUGUCACUAAAACUGAGGAGGAUCCGGAGAGGACUUCACAUCUUAGCAGUGACACAACUAAGCAAAAGGAUACUGAAGCUCCAGAGUCAUCAUACUAUGACCUUCUCCAGCACACCUUGCGCCUUAAAAACAUUGAUGUCACCAUACGAGAAGUCCAUGGUCAAAAGGCUUCCGUCUGGGAUCCUUUCUUUUCACGAUUUGUCUCUAAUAUCAGGAAAGAGGAGAUUGUACACAGACAUGGAGCACCAACAGUAAGCGUUAAAGAAAGUAUUCAAAGCAUCACUACACUUAUUACAGAACCCACAAUCGGUAGUGGCACACCAUGCAGAAGUGAGGAAACUCCCACUGAAGACAUUAAACCACCCAGAACACUUGACGCUUCUCAGGCAGAAGACCAAGAGAAAACACAGGAUUCUUUGAAAUCCAGACUGGUCAACGUAUCCAUUGGUCAAUUCCAUGAGCCCCAUAUAUCACUGUGGGAUCUACUCCAUUCUCAUUAUAUCCCUGAGGAGAAACGGAAGGAGCUGCUGCAACUGUACCAAUCUGGCAUCCUCACCAUUGACCAAAUGGAAACCGUCGUGACUUCAAUCAUCAACAGAACAGAGGAGGAGAAAGUCACUGACCCUGGAUGUGUUGCAAGUCCAAACCAAGAGACACGGUUGCCAGAAAGAGAUGAGAACGUUUGCCUCUCCCCUUCCUCUUCUUUGGAAAACAUGCUACGCUCUGAGAGUUUUGUGGUGCCAGUUGGAGAGUUCAAAGGGCAGAUGGUGUCUUGCUGGAAUCUUCUCUCCUCCAAAUACAUCUCAGAGGAGAAGAAGCAGGAACUUCUAAACAAAUGUGAAGCCAAAGCGCUCUCUGUGCAGGAACUGAUCGGCAUUCUCACCAACAUCAUCACCAAAAUGGAAAAGUGUGACAGAGAUCAGUCAGCAAGUGCGGAGGGCAGCCUCACGGAGGAACACGUCGAUUCACAUGCACGGCAGCAGCAGCUGAGGAAAUCCUUGAGGACAACUAUGGUCCACGUGACUGCCGGAGAGUACAAGGGGCAAAAGGUGUGUGUGCUGGAUCUUCUGUUUUCUAAGUAUGUCCCUCAAGAUAAAAGGCAAGAGCUCCUUGAACUGUACAGAGCAGGGACACUGUCCAUUCAAGAAAUGAUAUCCACCAUCACUGCCAUGAUUGAUGAGGUUGAAAGCAAGCAUGGGAAGCACAACCGAAAAAUGUCCUGCAGAAAAGGGAAAGUAUGUUGGAAGGACCAGGGUGCCCACUCAUAGCCAACAGAGUCAUCAAAGCCCGGUGGCUCAUUCGACUCUCUCUGACCAAAGGCUGCCUGCCCCCCUCCUCCAGCCUCCAUCCUUAACCAGCAUUCUCCUUCACAAGCACACCAAGGACGGGCUCUGUCAGCAGGAAGCCCUUCAUCUGCUGUGACCUUUUGAGAGAGUUCUUCAUGCUCUCGUUUCUCUCCGUUCUCUACUGCUGCAUUCGCACACUGGUGGGGGGCCUGGGGCAAUUCUUGUCUUGAGCAUCUGGACUUCUCCCCUGGAUUGCCAGUCACAACUGAAAGAAGUUCUGCUCAUACAGCACUCUCCCAAAUGUGGCAAGUACCUCAGGGACUUUCUAGGAAAUUGUACUCUGGGUUUCUAUUUGGGAACAUUUGUGUGCCCUGAAAGGCAUGGGGGAGGGUGUGAAAAUAGUGUCUGUGACUUCAGGCAAUCUCUGCAUGAAACAGAGGGGUCUCCAUCAUCACUGGUGGCUACUCAAGGAUGGUGCAACCUGGGUGCAACCAAGGACAAGAGUGAAUUAUUUGUGACUUGAGGGUGCAUUGAGAGUGCUCAAAAGCAGAAUGUUACUCCCCCCACCCCUUCAGAAUCUCUUAAGCUGGUCUGUGGAGUUCACAAUGGAAAAUGACUUGGGCUGAAUACUUGAUUUCCAAAUCCAUCCAUUUUUUGGUCAAGCGCUGCUUUUCCCCUGGAGAUUGUGGGGACCAUAGGAAACUUGGCUUCCAUUUUCACUGAUCUUUGUUUCUUCCACACCUGGGGUUGCAACACCUGCCCUGGAAACAUUGCAAGUGGGCUGAAGCUGUGAGCCCAGGUCCAAAGGCCCUUCCAUUCUGUGACGGGUUCCAGAGCAGGUCCUUCAUGAGAAAGGACACUGGAAGGAUGUCACAGAGCAACUACUCAGCUUGACUGUUUCUGCUAACAAUAAAGGACAACUUUAAAACUCUC